AUGAUAUACCUGUGUUGUCUUGUCCUUGGAGCCCUGGUUGGCCGCCCUGUUGCUUUGCGGUCUGAGCCGGCCGAGCUCGUCAACGAUAGGUCGGCAUUCCAGUUCUCCAUCGUCAACAACGCUUCCGUGCCUUUGAACUUCCUUGCUCUGCCGAAACUGGCAAACAUCUAUGCACACACCCGGAACAGGGUCCAGCCUGGUGGCAAGUUUUCUUUCCUGGCUGCUCUAGGCGCAUACGACAUCCAUGUGAUUAUACAGGAUGGCCAAAAUGAUUGGUAUCAGGCAACCGAGACAAGUUGGGGUCUGAGCAAGGAAGGGCUGGCCUUCACAGUCUCUGCGAUUGCAAACGGAGCAGGACUGGGAAGCCUGGCAGUCGGUGCCGCCGCUAUUGCGACUGCAGGUCUUUCUGCUGUAGCUGCUGGGCCACUCCUCAUAACGCUGGGGGCCCAUGCGGCAUUUUGGGGUGUCACGGCCUUUUCGUCAAUGGCCUGUUCAUAUCUGGCUGACCAGUCUGUUGAGUAUCUGCGGCAGCAGCUUGCUCAGCUUGUUGAUGUGGAGCAUAAUACCACUAAUGUCACUACAGCACACGACCUGAUGCGCCACGAGAGUCGAAUGCAGCCGCUCGAUUUGUCGCAGUACUUCAAAGCAGGGGAAGAUUCCACAGUCUUUGAGGAUGGUGUAAAGUAUCUGUGCUGCUGCAGAAAGCCCAGAAAUCCGCCGGAUGCCAGCUGUGAACUGUUUCGCGCGGAUGGUCCGAGCAAGACCUGGUUUUCUUCUGGUUGCCCCAACCUUGCCGGAGAUGGGUACAUGCCAUGGUGGAAGUCCGAUGGUGGCCGUUGCGUCGUCACGCGGAGUCCUUUUUCGCCAUCAGCCAAAGGACCAGAUCGUUUAGUGCCUUUCAAGAUGGUGGUCAGAGAAGGUACGGUGCGCGAUGCCUUUGCAGUGUCGUUUCCCGGUCUGAAUGUGGAGUACGUCUUGAUGACAAUGGCUACCGCCGAGCGGUAUCUUGCCUCCAUGCAGUCCAGGUUUUCUCAAUGGAAGGCCAUACGAGGAGCAGAGCGCAGAUUCGUCAUAGCCGGCGGGUUUAUGAAUCCGACCAAGAUGCCUCGAGCGACGCAGGAUGAGCCCUGGACAGUGAUCGAGUUCAUGCCCCUACAGAUGGGAGAGAUCACACCAGCCUUUGGCUGCAGCGUGCCAGGUGAUGAUGACUUCUGGCAGGCCCAGGCAACGAAAUGCAGGAACCGGUGUAAGGACACAGAUUGCAUAGACUCCUGCAUCCAACCGUUUAAGCAGGCCCUGGACCAAGAGGUCAGUGCCGGGCAAACAUUCAAGGCACUAGACAUUCCAGCCGGCAGUAUGGCCUUCGUGGUGGAGAACAAAUCCAUCAUUGAGGAAGCUUCCACGAAAGCACUAGUUCCUGUCCCCGAGAACUUGGAUGAAGUUCUGGGAAAGAGGGGGAGCGUCUUGAAAGUUGACUUGAAGCUCCUGACUGCCACAGUUCUGGUGAACAGUACGACCUUAACUUUACCAAUGGAAGCUCUGCAACUUGCGGAGCAGCAGCAUCCGCUGCUUUCUGCAUGGCAUCGCUCCCAGCUUACGGCACCACGGUUCGGCCAGUGCUGGAGCAGCUGCUCUGGUCACUCUUGGACAUCGACAGCACUCUCAGGUUUCAAACAGGCUGUGACCUUGGGAGGGUCAGACCUUUGGUGUUUCACAGUUGCCAACAAGACGCGUGCACAAGGCUUACAGGUUUUGCUGGGGUCAUUAUGCCUGGAGGAUGAUGAGUGCCCGCGCCUUGACACCCAAGCUGCACAAGAUACCCCGGCAAAUGAAGCGACGUGCGUGGAUACGUGCUUAUGA